UGUUAGGAGAACGUCAACAUCCCUAGCGUCUAUAACUUUUUUAUUAUAGUCGAACGAGCCAAUUUUUCAUGUCUGCCUUUUAGGUGAGUGGCCGCAGAACAGUGAAAUCGACGGAAACUGAUGCCCAAAGAAAUGGCGAAGACAGUGGGCUAGAUUUGGGCCAAAUCGCAUCGAUCGAUCGGGGCGGGGAGGUCGAAAAAAACAAACACUCUCGUCAGCGGCGAGCGCCAUUUUUUGUGUCGAUUCUCUUGAAAGAGACAACGCAGUUUCAUAUUGCAUCCUGAUCCUGUUCCAGAUCCAACUCCAUUCGACGGAGGCGGAUACGGAUGUGGAAACGGUAUAUCCGAAGGCGGCAUCAAACAUGGAAGAAAUGUGUAAACCGCCGGCAGUUUCUUCAUCAGAGGAAUCCAAACAGCAACCGCAGCAGUCUCAUCACUCCCAGCAAUCACAACAACCAACUGUUUCCAAUGGCAAGGGCGUUCAUUUCAAGCUUCUGCCUAGCAUCCAUCAGGCGGAGCCGGAGGAGGAACUCCUCGGCUCGGUUACCAUGCACAAUUGCCCCGGAACGCGGGCCAGUGCAAGGGUCAUCCAAAAAAUGAAACAGGAUCAGACACGACCGAUGACACCGCCACCCAGCGAACGGGAGCUGUCCAAAAAGGAGGAGAAGGCCGCCCAGAAGACACCGUCCCAGCUGAAGACCGGCAACGGCAAGACCACAUGGACGAACAUCGAAAGAAACUGCUUCUUUGAUGCUUUGAACGAAUUUGGGAAGGAUUUCGAGGCGGUGGCCAAUUGCAUCAAUGCCAAGCUGAAGCGUCGCAAUGCCAACAGCGACUACAGCUUCAAGACCAAGGAUCAUGUUCGCCAGCACUACUAUCAGACCUAUCACAAGAUCUGCAAGUAUGUGCGCUACUCGGAAGAAUUAAAAAAGCCCGCCCAGGAGCUGUAUACUUUAAUCAAUUAUGGAGAAAUGCGUCGCAAGCUCACCUUCCUCACGGAGAAGCACUUCAUGAAGAUGAAACAGCUGGUCUACCAGGGUCAGAUCAUGGUGAGAUCCAAGGGCAAGAAUAUAAGGAUCAAGACGCCAUCCUGCAAAGCACUCCGGCGAUUAAAUCAACUUGAUGACAGUCUGGAGGACAUUCGGUUGCCCAGCAAGGUGGAGGUGGUGGUAACGCCUGCCAAUAUGGAGUCGUUCGGUAGGGUGCAGUCUCUGGCCCAGAAUCCUCGCGGCAGGAUCAUAGUACCAUUGCACAAGAAACUGAUUAGUUUCAUCAAGACCUUCGAGUUCAAGUGGCGGAGUGAAAGCCAGCGUUUAAGCGAAGAGAAGUCUGCCUACAUGGCCAGUGUAGCUGCAGCCGCCUCCACCACUGCCGCCACCACCUCCUCCGCUGCUGCAACCUCCGCCACUGCCACAACCUCCUCCUCCACCGCCACAACAACCACAAACCCCACCGGCACCACCGCCUCUCCAGCCGUAGCUCCUUCCACGAACAACAAUAACAACGAAUCUGAGCCCCCAAAUACCCCAGCCCCAUCACUGGAUCCGCUGCUCUGCUUCCAACCGCGACCCGGAGUGACCAUCCAUCGUCCUCUGCUCAGCAUCACGGCCUAUCUGAGCAGCGUUAACAUCUGCCUGACGGCCUACGAGGAGCGCAUGGGCUUCAAGGUGCGCAGCGAAUCGCUGGCCAAUGUUCCGUGUGUUCCGGUGGCCACCAGCAAGCGACCGAGAACUGAAAGCGGCUCCGAGAAGCGUUCCCCCGAGGCCAAGAAACCCAAAUCGGGAGCGAGUCCGGCGUUGGAAAAGAGCCUGGACGAAGGAGGAGGAGUUGGAAGUGGUGCAGGAGCUGCUGUAGCGGAGGAGAAUCAUGCCAAGGUGGAGAGCAGUAGCGGCGAUGAGCUGGGCGAGGAGAUCCUGGAGUUUCUAGCCGGCGCAGAAGGAGCAGUGGCUGCCACGACAGAAACAACGGAAGCGACAGAGCCUGCACCGGCUACCCCAGCCACGACAGCACCAGCUGUAGCGCCACCACCUCCCCCACCAGCACCACCUGCUCCACCAGCUCCGUCAGCACCCGCCGUCACUCCCACCGUUUCCCGCGCCAAACGCAAGGAAGCCAAGGAGGCGGCAGCUGCCGCCCAGGCGCGCAACUUCAAACCCCUGCUCAGCGAUGACAUCCUCAAGCGGAUACGACGCGGCUGGACGGUGUCCAAUGCAGCGGACAUAACCAUUGGGGAUCUGUAUGUGGUGCUGGGUCAGGACUCCAAGCUGGAGCUGGAGUACUAUUGGUGUGAGAUCGAGACUACGAGUGUCCCCGCCGUUCCAUCCUCCACGGCGUGCAGCAAUUCCAAUGCCAGCACUACUACAUCCUCGCCAGCAACCAGCUUGCUGCCGUACAAUCCCAACGACUGUGAUAGCGUGGAGCGCGUCAAGGCCGUCACCUCGUCGACGGUGAGCAAUCGGCUGAAGCAUCUGCUGAUGGUGGCCAAUCUCAGCGAGCGUGUACGCCGGCGGCAGUGCACCUGCGGUCACACCUGCGAUCGCAAGCGGGAUCUGAUGAACAAGGCGCAACAGCUGGCAGAGGCGGCGGCCGCCGCUGGUGUCAACUCGGGCAUGGAUGGCAAUUUCCGGACACCGAUGCUCCCAGUCCGACGACCCAUCGGCAAUAUCAUUGAUCCCGUGAGGCAGCUAACGGCGCUCACCCGGCAGAAGCUCCGGAGACAGGUGCUCGUCCAGCGUCGCUUACUGCCACCCGGUUCUUUGGGGGCUCGUCCCUACGAUAUGCUUAGUGUCCGGCAGCUACACGGCGGUCUCUUCCAGCCCAUUGAUCGCUUGGACGCAGACACUGCCUCCAGCGGUAUAGGCAGUUCCGUUUCAUCCUCUCCCUCGCUCUCGGUUAGCUCCGUUUCCAACACCAAUGAGUGCCAGGCAGGCGGGUUAUGCUUCCAGGAGGAUAACCAGGAAAAAGAAGACGAGCCGUCAUUCGAGCUGCCGGUGAAUGACAUUAUGCAGGGCGGCAGGGAUAUGCCCAAUUUGGAUUUCUGUGGAACUAGCACUACCACUACCACUACCAGUGCGGACAGUACCCAGAUCCCAGAGCCAGUUAUCCAGGAUGAGAGCUCAACUCAAAACUUCUUCCAUGGCAGCGUAAGUCCGAUGCACUUGCUCCGCGACUCCACAUCCAAUGCCCGAUGGCUGGAGGACAACAUCAAUGACUUCUCCCUAACAUCGUUGCUGGGACAUUUGGAUGAAAUAGAUGCCACCAGAGAUAUAUUGGAUCCAUCGUCGAGCAUGUCGGUGAUUAGUGAGAGCAGCGUUGACUUUCGUCACAAGUUCCAGGAGAUUGCCGCUCUUCUCCAGCAACAGGAGAAGGAUUAGCAGUGGAAGGAUAUAGUACCGGGCGUGCCUCCAUUGUUGAAAGUUUCCUUUUUUUUUUUUGUUUUUUUUUUAAUUUUAAACCAAAAGUACUUCCAGAAAAGCAUACAUUUUUUUUUUUAUUUUUUAUUUAAAAAAACUCAUCGAUAUUAUUCAUAAAAACUCAGAAUCGAAGAAACCACUUAUGUUUUAAUGCGACCUCUUGUGAUCUGUAUAUAGUAUAUAGACGUAUGUCCCUAUAUGUCUCUAUAUCUUACUCUCAUUUUUUAUGUCUGCCAAGUAUUAGCAAGCACUCACAUUAUCCAAUCCGUAUACAUACAUAUAUAUAUAUAUACAUUUAUAAUAUUAUAUUUUAGAAUUAACAAAUAUUUAUUUAAAAUUAAUUUUCAUGUUUUGUUUUCUCACCCGCUCGCACUCACACACAACACAACACACUCGUUCCGUACUCCUCUAAUUGGGAAAAUAUUUAAUUUUUUUUUUCUUUUUAGCUUUUAGAUCAUGAAAAUAAUUAAUCAGAACUUCCAUUUGUUUAGAAAAUAGCCCCCCAUUUAUAUAAAAUAUAUAGUAGUAUCCUCCAAAUCCCAAAACAAAAACAAAAAAAAAAAGACUGGAAAUUUUUGUGUUGAACCCGUCUUGCCAGCAUUAUCCUUAAAAUCCUUUCAAGAUCGAAAUCAAUUGUAUAUGCGAUAUAGUAAGAAUAUUAAUACAACAGGGGUGCGAGAAUAAACCAUUAAUCCUUAGAUUAUUGUCCUUAGUAACAGAAGAACUUGUUAUAUCAAAGAACAAAAUAAAUCAACAAAAUAAUACUUGUAUUAAGCACAACGUUUUAAAUAAAUCUAACAUCCAUCUUAAAA